AUGGCUGGAAAUAAUUCACCAAUGCAAAGCAUCGAGAAACUCAAAGGUAUUGAAAAUUAUUCGACAUGGAAGUUUUGUAUGAAGAUGAUACUAAUCCAUGAAGACCUCUGGGACACUAUCGAUGGUGAGCAAAAAGAAAAAACACGUAGCGAUGUAGAUAUGAAAAAAUCGCAGAAGGCACUAGCGAGAAUAUGUUUGUCGGUUCAAACGAGUGCAUUUCCCCACGUCAGGAACGCAAAAGAUGCACGUGAGGCGUGGAACAACCUGAGCAAAGCAUAUGAGGAUAAAGGGCUGUGCCGAAGACUAGGUCUGUUGAGAACGUUAUUCAGUACUAAACUGUCAGAGUAUAAUAGCAUGGAAAGCUACAUUGGCCGACUGCAGGAACUAUCUCAACAAUUGCAUGAUAUCAAUUCAUCUCUGGAUGAUGAAUUCUUGGCUGUCAUCAUGCUCAGCGGGUUACCAAGUAAUUAUGAUCCACUCAUUAUGGCACUUGAAAAUUCAAAUUUAAAGUUGUCGAGCGACAUGGUCAAAGGAAAAUUAUUACAAGAAUAUGACCGCAGGAAUAAUACUGAUGGUACCAUAGCAUUUGCAGCAACUAGAAAAGCACCAAAAUGCUAUAAAUGCAAGAAGACUGGACAUUUUAUAAAGGAUUGCCCGAGGAAUUCUAAUAAGAAGCCAGAAAAAGACAAGAAGUUUGAUAAGGAUAAACCAUCAAAGGCUCUCUUAACGGCACUCUCAGUCAGUAUCCAGCGUGGUGUUUGUGACAAUGGUGGUGAAUUUACUGUAUGUGAUGUUAAGAAGAACAUUCUAGACAUCAACUCUGAUGCCCUCCUAUCAUUACAUCUAUCUACAACUUUUAUCGUGUCGACUUGCGACUCUUUGAGUAUAGGAGUUAAACAAAAUGUAACGAAACGUCAAACAGACGUAAACUUUUUUCCCGAUUGGGUACCAUUUAAGAACAAGCACGGAGAUGAAUUAGGAGAAUUCAUCGACGUUGCCAAAGCUAAGCCAAAGAAGAGAUUAGCACCCCCUGUCAAUUUCAUAAUGAGAGCUGUCGCUGAUUCAGAAAGUGAUGAUUACUAUGAUAAAGGUACAGGUGGUGGUGACAGUGAUGAUUAUUACGAGAAAAAGGAAUGGUCUGAUCAAAACAGGCCUGGCCAAAAAGUUGGCUCUGUUAAAUUAGAUAAUAAUACUGACAUAUCAGACAUAGAAGGAAUUGUAAACAUAAUCACGAAACCUAGCGACAGUCCUAUUCUUAAAGCGCUAAAGCAGGGUAGAAAACAUUCAAGACGCCAUAACGAUAAACCAAAACGUGAAAACGAAGAAGAAUAUGUAGUCAAAAAGGACUCAGAGGACAGUGUAAAAGAAGUUAAUGAAAAUAAAGAUACUAUUAUAGAUUUAAAAAACGAAAAUGAAGACAUCGAUCCAGAUUCCCGUUCAAAAAAUGAUGACACAUUGCAAGAAAAAAAUAUAGAAAAAAAUGAAGAAGAUGUCGAAGAUAAAGAUGAAGAUGAUGACAAAGUCGAAAAUGAAGUCAAAAUUAAAAAUGAUAACGAAAAUGAAGAAGUAACUAAAGAAAAUAAAGAAAUUUCAAAGACAAAUGAUGACAACGAUAGUGCUGACUAUGACGAAACCACUACGGAAAACGAAAAAAUAGAGCGUGAAAAAACUGAGGCCGAAAAUCAAGAAAAACAACGUGAAAACGACGCUAAAAAAGCAAAGAUACUUAAUAGUGUUGAUGAAUUAAAACAGAGGCAUGCAGAAGAACAACGUUCAAUAUCAGAGAAAAUAAAAGAAGAAGAAAUGUUUGAAGAAGAAUUAGAGAGAGAAUUGGAAAGAACUGGAACAAAAAGGAAUAGUGAUGAUAAAUAUGCCCACCCUGGUUCCAAUUGGAAAAAGAUUACAAAAGAUUAUGAUGAAUUCGAAGAUCGAGAACCGUCGUUUAAAGAUAAAUAUAAAAUAAACAAUAUUAAAACAACUACAACAACAACUACUACUACUACUACUCCAACAACUACGUCACGAAAAACAAUAAAACAAAGAAAAAAGUCCAAUAAACUUGAAGGAGAUGGUAAAUUUUCCGUAUUUAGAAAUCCAAAUAUGUAUACAGUGAGUGUUGACGAAGAUUAUUUAGCAACAACUAUAAAGCCGAAAAAGUCAAAGAUACGUAAACCUGAAAGAUUCUCUUCUAGAUAUUCAGCUCAAGCUAAUAGAGAUGAUGAUAAUAUUAGAAUAUCACUAGUUCCUGUAGACGCUGAAUCAAAAGAGGGCGAGCCAACGCUAUUUUUCCCGAAGAUGCGAAAAAACAAGCGUAAAUUUAAAAUAAAGACAACUACACCUGUUCCUGAUACCACAGCUGAUUCAAGCGAGGAAAUUGGCUUGAACAGUAAAACCGCGUCAAGAACACAUACAUAUACAGAAAGCAGUCCAUCUGCAUCGGAUGCAUUUUCAUCAGCGUCAAACACUGCACCAUCUGCGGAAACCGGUCCAGACGAUACUGCUCCUUCAGCAUCAGAUGUCAGCGAUGCCGCUCAUGCUUCUACAGAGAAAAAAGAGAAAAAGAAAGACGAAAACUAUCACCGUGAAACAGGUGGCGAAAAGGAACAUUACUCGGAACAGGAUGAAGUGCACGAAGAACACGGGAAGAAAGCCUAUGAGGGCGUCCACAAAGAUAUCAAGGUCAAGAAAGGUCACCACGAUAAGGAGGAUCAUCUAGAUAAGUAUGACGACCACGGUGGUAUCGACAAACAUCACCACAAAGAAGAUGAUCACUACGGUUCCCACCACCACGAGGAACAUGGCAAGAAGCACGCCAAGUAUGAAGAAUCUGGCAAACAUUCAAAAGGACACAGCACGAAAGGUAGCCAUGAUAUCCACAAAAAAGAUGAAUAUGAGAAGAAAGUAGAAUUCUUUGAAGAGGAAGGUGAUAUGGACGACGAAGAACACGACGGCGGCUACCACAAGGACAGAGAACACUCAUCGGGAGGACACUUCAAGAAGGCAAAUCUGCAGGCAGCCCAUGAAGGAUUCGAUAAGGGCGAAAGAGGUCAUUUCAACAAAGGAGGACAUGUACAUUUCCACAAGGGUCAAAAAUCCUCGGGCGGGCAUGACUCACACCACAAGAACGGUAACAGUCACUUUAAGGCCGAAGGUCGCGAUCAUGGUAAGAAAUGGGUCUACCACCACGGUCACCCUGCCAAAACCGCUAACCUGGUCAUCAUAGACAGGCGAGCGGAUGCUUAUCAGCACGGACCGCAAUACUUUGGAUAACUCAACUACAUAAUUUUCAUAGAAAAUAUUUAUCUUAGUUACU